AAGCGAUCUUCGAUUUUAAAAAAGAUUUCGGCUCCUCAUUUCUGUCGUGUCCACAGAGCCGCUCGCCUCUUAGCACCGCCUCCGCGAUCAGCGACGAGACUCGCAUGAGUGGCAGGUAGUUCGUCCGUCCUGACACGGCCUCAUCCCGAGUAAAUCGUUGACUGUCGCCUUUCUCGCCGGCCUGAAAUGUUGCCCCAGUUUUUGACACUCACAAUCACGGCAUUGUACUGCUGCAAUGUAUUGGCUUCUUACCAAUCGUCUGCAGUCGAAAAGCUGGCGGAGAUGUAUGGCUACCACGCCGACUCACACGACGUGGUGACACCUGACGGCUACAUUUUGACCAUCCAACGCCUGUCGAAGCCACACGCACACAACUCCAGCAGGCAUCGCAGCCCGGUCCUGGUGGGCCACGCGCUCAUGGCAAGCAGUGAGCUGUGGAUCUUCCGAGAGGACGAAAACCUAGCGUUGCAGCUUGUUGACCAUGGAUUCGAUGUUUGGCUGGCUAACUUCAGAGGAACUCCUUACGGAGUAAGGCACAGAACUCUCAGUCCGAAGUCUCACGAGUUCUGGGACUUUAGUUGGCAUGAGAACGGCGUCAUGGACCAAGCCGCCAUGAUAGACUACGUACUCAACACCACAGGGCACGCACGCCUUUUUGCUUUGUCGUACUCCAUGAGCUGUACUGCCACCAUGGUGUUGCUGUCCGAACGUCCAGAGUACAAUGCGAAGAUCAUAGCCAACGUUUUCUUCGCUCCCGCGGCUUUCUUCAAGAACCCGGCUGGCUGGUGGCAUUUGGCCAAGACCCUCAUGAACACGUUUCCUGAUUAUGCGCGUCGACUAAGGAAUGCCACUGGAGGAUACGUGAUAAACGACAAGCUUCCCUUUUCGGACGUGUCCCUGACUACCCUUUGUCCUGCGGCAAAGAGCAACACCGUCUUCGCUCCAGUCUGCAAGAUGCUCUCUGACUUCUUUGAGGGAAAGCGCAGUUACUUAGGCAGCGACAAACUGUUACGAGGACUUACCAUCCGAUUUCCAUCAGGAGCUUCAAUACGUCAAGGUGUGCAUUAUGCACAAAGCAUCCAAAAAGAUGGUGAGUUUCGGAAAUACGAUUUCGGAAGUGCCAGGAACUUUGAGCUGUACGGAUCAUCUGAACCUCCAUCUUACAACCUGACGUCCAUCACAUCACCAAUCCAUAUCUACUGUGGACUCGAGGACGUCACAGUCAGUGUGAAGGACUGUGACGUUGUCUCAAAGGCCAUCCCUUCAAUCGUGUCCGUUCACAAAGUUCCACGAUACAAUCAUUUUCACUUCAUUGUUGGCAAUGGCCUACAAGAAAAGGUGAACAAGAAGGUCAUAGCCGACUUUUUAAGUUACUUGUGAUACUGUCAAUUGGAGUCUUUCAUAACUCUUUUUUGAGAGCCGUCCACUAAGGAAUGUCCAAAAGUACAUGUUAAGUAAAACCAAUCAACCCCACUCAA